AUGCCAGAGGUUGAUAUCUCUCUUGGUCAAAGCUAUGGAAGAAAAAUUGGGUUCUGUAUUGGUAGUACCGUCAUUGAUCGUGCAUCGUCCAUCCGUUGCUUAGCAAAAUCUAAACAUGCUGUGCCUGUGCAAGUCUUAGUUACAUUUGAUAAAGGAAAAGUCAUUUGUCAGGUAGAUGCUCGAUAUGCUGUAGAGGCUAUUUUGAAUUGCAGCCCAGAACUCAAUUACAAAUCAGACGUAGAAUUCAGUGUUUACGCCUUAGAUCAUUUGGAAGCUGACGAGCUUUUUGUCGGGUUAGGCUUCCUUUCAUCCCUGUCUUCUCAAUCUAUCCCAGGGCCUUCUAAAAGUUUUCCAACAGAAACUAUCUGGCUGAAUGGCAGAGUAGUAGAGACUGGUUUGCAACGCUCUCUAGAAAUUCGUCUUCGCUUACAAGCUGUUCCUUCCUCAACUUCUUCUAAAGUUCACAAUGAAGCUCUCCCUCCUUCUCUCAUCCUUGACAACUCUUCUUCUGACCAAUCCGAUUCCACAAGCUUCUUUGACUCUGCGUACUCGUCCGCAAACUUGGCUACACUUCCAAAUCCCGAAUCUGAUCUGUAUCCUAGUCCUGUCCCUCUAUCAUCUCGAUUUACGGAUCCUCCUUCAGAAAGUUUAGAGUUUGAUUCCAUUUACCCUCAAGAUAAUACUCAGAAUGACUACCCUGCUGCGCCUUUUUCAGAACCAUAUAGUAUGGAGCCACCUUCGUCCAAUAUUCAUCCUGCGACAGAUCCUGUAUGUCCAUCCACUUCAAUCGCAGAAUCCAUAUCCAAUGCUGCGUCUAAAAAGAAGCGUAAACGUGAAGCAAGUGCUGUUCCUUUUAACGCAUCAAAUUUAAGCGUUCCGUCUGAACGAGAGCAUGUUCAAGAUUUUAUAAAGGAGCAAGUUCGGAUUGCCCGUGCUCGUAUAGAAAAGCGCUUGCCAACUAUUCGAGGAAAAGAUCGAAUUGAAGAGCAACUAUCAAAUAGCCUUCGUGAAGGAAAAAUUCCUCCUUAUUGUCAAAAUUGUGGUGCUAUCAAAACUGCAAAUUGGCGUAAUGCUAAUUUUAUGAAUACAACCAUCAUGUUGUGCAAUGCUUGUGGAAUUUAUUGGACCACACGACACUCGAUGCGACCAAAAAGCCUUUGGAGCACAUAUAAAAACCUGGAGGUGGAAAAGCCUUCUGAAUUGGAUUCUUUUGCUCAGCUGGAAAUCGCUGUGUACAAACUGUCUCAACAGAAAAAGCCCUUGAUUCCAGUUUUUCGACAGCUAGAAACAGCAGGCCGCCAUUCUCCACUUCCAAAAGUGAACCCAAAGUCUUCUGGUUCUGCGACCGAAUCAAGGACUUCGUCUACAAACGUCGGCCUUGAAGAAAGACCGCCUGCUAGUUUACUUAAUAAUGACUUGCGAAGGAUUCAGUCUUCUCCAAUUACUAAAACUACAAAUGAGAAUGUACGAGAGUCGUUAAGAGAGCCACUAUCUGAAAUCGGUACAAACAGCAGUUGGCUUGUAUUACCGUCAGCGGCCAAUGAUAAUAUCCAAAGAUCGAAUUCUGAGAAAUUAAUGAGCAGUAAUCCAAAUAAGGAAAAUGAAAAUCGGCUACCAAAACAACAUUUAAGGCAAGUAAUAAGAAAGCCAGACGAAGAUGCAGAACCUACUCUUCCCGUUUGUGAUUUGGAUAAGGAUGUGGAUGACCAACUGGAAAGUUUAUUUAAAACACCUCCGAAACCCAAAAAAGCAAAACAAAGUCCAUCACCUUGGCGGUCAGAACUGUUUUUGUCUGAUCUGGAUCAGAUUACGCUGACACCUGAAAUUAAGCCCAAAUUUGAUCUAUCCAAAGCAUUGGCAGCAGCUGUAAAAGCCGACAAUAAGGAAAAUUCACCUCAUUUACCUGAAAAUACAGAAAGUGUUGAGCUAUUCCCAGAGUUCAUGCAGUCGCCUUUGGCUGACGCAGAUGAGAGGAGAACGAUUUCGUUAACGACAGAUUUGGCAAUGCCAAGCAGUCCCCCAAUGGCUCCAAUUGAUAGAUUUAUCUCUUAA